AUGGCACGCGGCGUCGAUCAUAUCGAUUCGGAUCCCGAGAUCAUCCAGGCUCGCGUCAACAUCCACCAUCUUCAAUUGCGCGAUCUCCUUCAGCACACCGGCGUCAAGGACAAGGUCCUCUUUGUUAGCCGUCUCCAGGUCGAGCAAGCUGACUUCACCAGCCACAAGCCAACAGCCACCUACUGCACGCUCGACUUCCAGCCCAAUUGUCUCACCACUGGCUGCGGUCUUCUCGCUGCUGGUGGUCAGCACGGAGAACUAGCACUGCGUCCUCUACACUCCCCUUCCUCUUCUGCUCCUCAGCUCCAGCUCGACCAGUCAUACGUAGAGAGGCCACCUGCACCUUGGCUGCUACGCACUCCUACAGGAGGUUCCAUCAACAAUGCUAUCACGAUUCAGCCCGAUCUCAAUCGCCCUUCCAGCAGCUCACAUGCCUGUACCUCACCGCCCACUGCAUCUGCUUCCACACGCUCUUCCAAAGACGUAGUCGAUGCAUAUCCAACACACUCCUACUCUCCUUGGGCCAGGGAUGAGCCGUCUUCAUUUGCAUCUUCAUCCAACGUCGUCAGGCCAGGUUUGCUCUUUGGCGACGAGGAGAUGGAAGCCGAACUCUCCGAAAGCGUCUUUGAGGAGCUGGCAGCGGCGUAUGGCUUCGAUCCUAGCACCGCCAAUCGCUCCUCUCGAUGGCGUCGCUCUCCGCAAGGACGCGCCAGCGUCUCCGCAAUCACCAACAGCAGCCCGACAGACCCCAUUGUCGCACCUAUCAAAGUCAUGGUUUCAAACAACGACCAAUCUAUCAAGCUUUACAAGCUUCGUCCGCCCAAGUCGACCCCAGGAGCCGGCGGCCGCAUCGAAUCCGGCUUGCCUGGUCUAUCCCGCAAUACCACGCUCCAGUUCCCCACUGCGAUUAACCACUCAUCCCUCUCACCCGAUCAACGUACGCUCAUCGCCGUGGGCGACACACCUGAGGUGUUCAUCCAUUCCGUCUCCCGAUCGGGCGAACACGUCAAGAUAGCCACCUACAGCGCUUCGAGCGAUGCAUGCUUCUCCACCACCUGGUCACCUGAUGGCUCCAAGUUCGCCGUGGCCAGUCAAGACGGUGUCGUGUCGGUGUGGGACGUACGCAGCAGCCGACGGCUGGCAGCGGUCAGCACGAGUCAGGCGAGUUCCGGCAGUGGAGCGGCGAGGGUGGCCAAGUUUUCACCUUGCGGGAGGUUUUUGGCGUUCACAGAGCACAGGAACUUCUGGGGCGUGACGGAUACGGUGACGUUUUCAGAGACGCAGAGGGUCAACGCUCCAACUGCUCCGAGGGAUGCCGCGUGUAGUCCUACGGGCAGCAGCAGUGUCGUUGGAGAAGGAUGGAUCGAGAGACGUCUGGCAGCAGACGAGAGGUUCAGAAUGGUUACUGGAGGAGAAGAGUCAAUCGCGAGAGAUCGAGAGAGGAGAAGUAUGAUCCACGCCACCUUCAUGAGGGAGUGGAAUCGUGCCAUCAACCUCGUCGAUCGCAACUCGGAAACCAACUCCAGCAGCACCACCCCUUCUACGAGAGGUUCCAACUACUUCCCCGACUGGCUCAGCAAUCCUACCUCGACCACCUCGACCACCUCAAGCACACGACGAGAGGAUCUGCUGACCGCAGCACUCACACAACCUCUACCGUCCAGCUAUCGUUCCGAAACGGGCCACUCCCACUCGAUCAACAUCAGCGGUCUGUGUUGGGAUCCAGAUGCAGAACACGUUUACGUCUCGACCGAACGCGUCAUUGCCAAAUACAACGUCAACGAUACCCGUCUGGCCAGCGCCAACGCUGGUCUUCUGUGA